GAGGUGGCUCGGCGCGCAGCUUCGCUCUCCGCUCUGCCUCGGCCGCCCGCGGCCUUUCGUCCCGCCACCCCCCACAGGGGUGAAGGCAGGCGCUAUGGACGUCAACCAGCCUAAGCAGGAGCAUUUGCUGGCUCUGAAAGAAUAACUGGAUUCUUCCUGUACAAGCAUGGAAGUGGUCUUGCACUAUCGACCACAUCAGAGAGAUCUAAUAGAACUGCAGAAAUUUGCAGAAGCAGCAGUGAAGGAGUUUCCCAUUCGUCAGUUACCAAGAUUUGCGCCUUGGUUUCCGAAUGAUUUAUACGAACUUCCCCUCAAACCAAAAAAGCAGCCACCUGUUAUUUCUUGUGAGGAAGCAGAAGAAUUGAAACAACUUUCUACACCUUCAGAAUAUGUUGCAGGAUCUCCUGAUUAUGACUGCACAAAAAAUCUCCUUGAGUUUGAGUGUAACAUAAAACAUGGCCAGACUUUAAUACAAGCACAAACGUUUCACAAACCGAUUAACCUGGAGAAUAAAGGAGAACCACCACCUAAUGGAAAACAAAAGUUGGAAAGGUCUUGGAGUGUCUCUCUCACUAGCCCUAAGGUUAAAGAAAAGAUUCUUCCUUUAUCUCAAGAACUGCAAAGUAAUUUGGAAAGACUGAAACUACAUGUGUUUUAUAGAGCAAAGUGGACAAUUGAACAGUCUGUUUGUAAUAAUCAGAAUUUGGAGGACAUCUGGAUAAAAUUGAAUAGACUCAUCAAGCAUAAUGAAUUGCCAUCUUGCAAUGCUACUAUCCAAAGAUCUGUGGGACAGAUAUGGAUUUUCUGUGAUAUAUUAUACUGUGAAUACGUUAGAAAUAUUCUUAGGGAAAAGCUAAGCCUUACUGAUAAAAUGAAUUUGCUUGUACAUAAAGUUGGAAUUAUAUUUAGCUUAUAAUUGUAAGAUAGUGU